AGGUUUCAAACACACGGUUGCUUGGAAUUUGCCUCGUGCACAUUUCGUUUCAUGUAUUCAACGAAGGAUGACUUAUGACUUGUGAGGAGCAAAAUUGCAGACUUGGUGAAGAUGGAUAACGAGAAGAAUAGUUCGGAGUCUUUGAAAGAGCCGCCGUCUCCUGGGAGACCUCCUAUCGAACUCCAGCAGUGUAUAGAAGAGCUUCUGAGGUACACGAUUGCUUCAUCCGUCGCCGGCAAUCUGGAAGCAGACAUUGGCCUCUCCGAUGACUUCUGCGCCAAUCUAUUGAACGAAGACUCUUCCAAUUCCACAGCUCCUCUGUACCAAACUCUAGCUGCCUCAAUAUAUCGGUUGAUAUCAUCUGAAAGUAUAUCAAGGUCAGAUAGUGAUGCUAUGGUGAUGAACAAAACGUGUUCUUUGAAACAGGAGGAAGAAGAGUUCGAUUUUAAGUUGGUGAGAGAAAAAGGAUGUGAGUUGCUCAAUAUGCUGGAAACCACGGACUUUGAACUUCAUGUUCAGGAGCCCUUUUUCUCACAUCUUAAAAGUGGAGAGAAAACCAUUGAAGGAAGGUGUGCUACCGAUCACUACAAAAAAAUUGAAGUUGGAGCGUCAAUCCUUUUCAACAAAUGUUUACUUCUUCAGGUUCAGGAUCUUCAUUAUUAUGCUUCAUUUCGCGAGAUGCUUGAAGCAGAGCCUCUCUACAAAGUACUUCCAGGAGUUGAAACCAUAGAAGAAGGAAUUCAAGUUUAUAGAAAUUUCUACUCAGAGGAGAAGGAAAUGUCAAAUGGUGUUCUUGCUAUAUGCAUCAAGAAACCAAUGUGGCAGCCUUAUCUUGCAAUGGCCUCAAUAAUAUCAGUAAUUAUACCAUAUAUUCAACUGCUGUUAAAAACAUAGUAAUAAACUGCCUUUCUGGCAAGCACAGGUGAACUUCACAUGGCGUUCAUGAUAACUUUUAAUUUCACAGAUUCACUUGUUGGAUGCAUUCAGUGAUGUGUGUGUAUUUGUAAAGAGAAACGUUAUAUAUAAAACCAAUUUGUACAACACACUGUAAAACAAGUUUCUUUGUUCAACAGACAGGAUUUAUGUCAACAAGGUCAAGAGAUACUCUUGUCAUUGUGAUUUUAUGUUGCGAGACAGUGAGAGCAAAAAAAAUUGUUGGUAAUGGGUUUUGGUAUUUUCUUCUUCUUUCUAGACAUAAAAUCAAACUCAUUUUUUCUCUAUGGACAAAAGUCCUGUACCAUGGAAUUGUAAAUGCUUUAGAAUGUUUUUUCUUUAGCUCAAGUAUACUGUAUAUAUUAGCUCAUGGCAAUAUGGUCUUACCACAACUUUGAAAUUUCAUUCAGGAUUUAAGCCUCGGAGGCCUUCAGAGCCUACUAGAUGUUGCACAUAGGUCGGAACAAUGCUGAUGAAUUUAGCCCUGACGUCAUUCUAAAACGGCUAAUCAUAUCAUAUUUGUUGCAGUGUUGCCUCAUAAACAUCCUUUCUGUGUUUGCUUGUUGGAUAGACUAGGCUAAUUCCUAUGUAUUUUAUGUAUAAAAACUACAAUAUGGGCAAAGCCUCCUAACGUAUCGUCUGGUCGGGUUUGGGGGCCCUCAGGGAUGGAGUGUCAUCCUUUUUUUACAAUAUGGGCAAAGCCUACUGUACUGGACUGAGUUUUCAGUAAUACUCCGUACAUUGUUUGUAGCAAUUUUUAUUUAUAUUUCAGAAAUAAAUUAGAAGAGGACAA